AUGGAGAAGAUUAGUUCUCUGGGCGCUGACAAGAGAAUAUUAAAAAGGCCUUUGAGAAGCGUUGUAACUCAUCAUCAUCAUUAUCAACUCUUCACCCACAUCAUCACAAGACUUCUACACCACCAAAACUACAACCUUCAAACCCACACUUUUAAAACAAUACAAUGUUCUAACAAAUCAUCCAGCAAAUCAAUCAAGAUGACUCAAUCCAACGACCAGAAGAUUGCCGAGACUCAGGCCAACCUUCCUCUCCCCGACCAGCCCCCCACUGCCUCUGACUGGCAGUCCGCUGACGCCCGUAACGUCAACGUUGGCGCCGGCAAGGUCGAGGGCUCAGUUGGCACUGAUGCCCAUGCCCAGUCUGGUCUCCGUGAGCCCGCUACCAAGGGCGAGGAGGUCGACUUGAGCAAUGUCGGCCGCGAGGGUGUUGAGAAGAACCAGCAAUAA